UUGAUCUCGCAGAGUACAAGGAAUGAACACAAGGAUCACACACCAAACACACGGCGUCGUCCCCAACCAUCCGCCCUAAUUAACCAGCCGCAACCACGCCGCCAAGAACGGCAGAGCGCGCGCACGGACGGACGGCCCUGCCGCUCGCGAGCCAGGAAGGUGAUCGACCACCGGCCGCCACCUUCCUCUACACCCACCACCACCACCGGCCACUGCCAUGGCCUACACCGAGCCGCUCCUUUUCACCACGCCCCAAAACAACAGCCACAGCCCGCGCGGCGCGCGCCACCUCCACGUCGGCCCCUUCGAUCCCGCCCCUGCCACCAUCCCAACUGUAGACGCCGACGACGACGCCGUGGCCAGCAUGGUAGUGUCGGUGCGCGACGACGAGACCGGCGCGCUCGUCGCCGCCGGCCGCGGCGACGAGGAGGAGGACGAUGACCCCCGGGACGCGCCGGCGGUGCGGUCGGCGCGCGGCGCGCUGGCGGUGUUCGGGGAGGAGUCGCGUCGGCUGUGGGCCAUCGGCGCGCCCAUCGCCUUCAACAUCCUCUGCCUCUACGGCACCAACUCCACCACGCAGAUCUUCGCGGGCCACAUCGGCAACCGCGAGCUCUCCGCCGUCGCCAUCGGCCUCUCCGUCGUCUCCAACUUCUCCUUUGGCUUCCUCCUGGGCAUGGGGAGCGCGCUGGAGACGCUGUGCGGGCAGGCGUUCGGGGCGGGGCAGGUGGCGAUGCUGGGCGUGUACAUGCAGCGGUCCUGGAUCAUCCUCACCGCCUCCGCGCUACUCCUCUCGCCGCUCUACGUCUUCGCGGGGCCCAUCCUGCGCCUGCUCGGCCAGGAGGAGGCCAUCGCCGCCGCCGCCGGCGACUUCACGCUCUGCAUCAUCCCGCAGAUGUUCGCGCUCGCCAUCAACUUCCCCACGCAGAAGUUCCUGCAGGCGCAGAGCAAGGUCGCCGCGCUCGCCUGGAUCGGCUUCGCCGCCCUCAUCGCGCACGUCGGGUUAUUGGCAUUGUUCGUGUCCGUGCUCGGCUGGGGCGUUGCCGGCGCCGCCGCGGCGUACGACGUGUCGUCGUGGCUGACCGCCCUGGCGCAGGUUGCCUACGUGGUCGGGUGGUGCAAGGAAGGGUGGACGGGCCUGUCCCGCGCCGCGUUCAAGGAGCUCUGGGCCUUCGUCAAGCUCUCGCUGGCGUCAGCCGUCAUGCUCUGCCUCGAGAUCUGGUACAUGAUGGUGCUCGUCGUACUCACCGGCCACCUCGACGACGCCGAGAUCGCCGUCGAUUCCAUCUCCAUAUGCAUGAACAUCAAUGGGUGGGAGGGGAUGCUGUUCAUCGGCCUGAACGCCGCCAUCAGCGUGCGCGUGUCCAACGAGCUGGGCUCGGGCCGGCCGCGGGCGACGAUGCAUGCCGUGGCGGUGGUGCUGGUGCAGUCGCUGGCCUUCGGCCUGGUGGCCAUGGUGCUCAUCCUGGCCACGCGGAACCAGUUCGCGGUCAUCUUCACCGGCGACCGGCACCUGCAGAAGGCCGUGGCCAACAUCGCCAGCUUGCUCGCCGUCACCAUGGUGCUCAACAGCAUCCAGCCCGUCAUCUCGGGCGUCGCCGUCGGUGGCGGCUGGCAGGGGGUCGUCGCCUACAUCAACCUCGGCUGCUACUACGCCUUCGGCCUACCCCUCGGCUUCAUCUUCGGCUACCUCUUCAGAUGGGGAGUCAGGGGCAUUUGGGCGGGGAUGCUGUGCGGGACAGCGUUGCAGACGGCGAUCCUCAUGUACAUGGUGUACAAGACCGACUGGAAAGCAGAGGCGGCACAAGCGCUGGAGAGAGUGAGAUUAUGGGGAGGACAGCACGAGAAGCUUCCGACGACAGACAGGGAGGAGCCUAGCUAGCUAAAAUUCAGAAACUACACUAGAGCUUCUAGUUUCAGUUUUCCCUUUUGCUCUCGAUCUCCGUGCUCUAUCUCUCUAUCUCACUGUGUGCAUUAGAUUAGAUUAUGCUAGGCAUAGGUAGAGCAAUGUAACCUGAGUUUAUACACGAGUUUCUUGGACUUAGCUUCCAUUUCGUAGGGUAUAUGUAGAAUUGCCUUGUCUAUAGGUUACACACGCAGUUGAAAAGGUUGAAAAACAUCGAUGGAGUUUCGAAUGGUCAAAAGAAGGUAAAUAUUUUUGUCCAA